AUGACAGAAGAUAACUUUACCGCCUUACUCAGCCAGCGUGUGAAACGGGUCUCGAGUAAAGAUAAACGAGCUUGGAACCAGGACAUUUUCGGCAAUCUACGCUUUGAGUUCUGUAUUUAUUGUCGAAGUCGAGACCCCCAACCUACGAUACAUCGUGCUACAGUAGCCGUCCAGCAAUACCAGCAGGAUAACAACAUUUCAUUGGGGCCAAUUACAAGGAACCAUGUCACCACUGCACAUGCUCGUCAGCCUGAUGAGACGCCAUUCGCGCUACCUGGUGAUAACACUACGAGACAGGCCAUGGCUCUUGACGCUUCCAUGGCUGCACUUAACGCCGAGUCUACCGCUGACCGAGACAAAGUGGCAACUAUCCGGCUACAGAUAAAUUGCAAUUGGACUGAUUUUCAAGUGGACGUGCGAUCGCUUCGAGCCGCAGUAGGCUUGCCCGCUCACGACAUCUUUACUCAAGGUAUUUACCACGAUUUCGUUCCUGUUGAGCCGCCCGAAACGGACAUGAAUGACGAUGAUCAUCGCGAAGAGAUCACAAGCCAGGUUGUGUAG